AUGCCUGCACGGCCAGAGUGGGCGCCAGAUGUGUCGGCAGCGCAAGACGCGUCUCAAAGGCUCUUCUUCACCAAAGUCAACCCCCAUAUUCCCACUAUACACACCUCUCCCCCCGCCCCCUCAUCACUUCCUGCACGGCCAGAGUGGGUGCCCGAUGUGUCGGCGGCGCAAGAGGUGUCUCAGAGGCCCUCCCGUGCUGCCUCGGAUGACGACCGGCUGUUUGAGGAGCGCCUGAGGGAAGUGCGCCGGCAAGCGGAAGAGAAGAAGCGGGCGAAAGCAGUGCAAAGCACAGCAGCCAUAGACUACGACAACCCGCAGACAGAGCCCCUGGUGGACACCGCUGCUCUCACCAAGGACCUCCCCACUAAGAUUGGCAUUGGCAUAGCGGCUACGGUGUUUGCAGCCAUCUUCGCCUUCGGAGACAUUCUCCCCGCCCCUUCCUCCCCCCCGCAGCAGCAGAUGGUGGAUGCGAGUGGCAUUGCAGUGAACAAGAUGAGCGACGCUCAGAGGAAGCAGCGAGAGGACCAACUGAAGGAGUUUGAGGGGCGGCUGGCGGCCACACCAGACAACCGGGAGGCACUGGAGGGAGCUGCAGUGCUGCAUGCGGAGCUGGGGCAGUAUGGACAGGCGGCUCAACGCCUGGAGCAGCUCAGCCAGGUCGCCCCGGAGGAUCCCGAGGUGCAGCGCCUUCUGGGGGAGGUGCGAUUUGAGCUGGGCGAGUAUGGUGCCAGUGCUGCGGCUUACAGGCGGGCAAUCAAGAUAUCGCCUGUGGAGUCUCUGGAGGUGCUGCAGGGGCUGACAGGCGCUCUGCUGGCUGACAACAAGCCGCAGCAGGCAGUGGACGAGCUGCUGGCAGCGCGGCAGCGGGUGGAAGCAGCAGCAGGGAAGGAGGCGGAGGAGCAGGAGGGGGUGGCGGAUGAGGUGCAGGUGGCGCUGCUGCUGGGGAAGGCGUAUGCGGCGUGGGGGCGGCCGGGGGAUGCGGCUGCGGUGUACGACGGGCUCAUUGCCUCACGCGCUGACGACUUCCGAGGCUACCUGGCCAAGGGCUUGUUUCUCAAGGAUAAUGGCAACCAAGCGGAGGCUGACAGAAUGUUUCUUCAGGCGAGAUACCUGGCACCAGACCAGGUGAAGGUGCUGGUGGAUCGGCUGGCAAAAAGAUGA